AUGUCUUGGGCGGUCCAGCUGUGGCUACAGCUGCUAUCAUUGUGUCAGUGCGACGACUGGAUCUUUUAUGAUCUGGGUUCAGAAGACCUGACCCCGGAUGAUGGUAAAUGGUGUCAAGAGCAGCUGCCCAGCACCUGCAUCGCCGAUUUUCAUAUUGGGCGCGCUGAGUUUAGCCAGCAGCAUCGGGAAGCCCAGGAAACCUUGAAGCACCUUAGGGAAGGGGCUGAGGACUUCAAGGCCAACCAGCCGUUGUCGGUGCGCCUGCUCGUGCUGGUCACUACCGUAUGGCCGAACUUCCAGCGGCGGCAGCUCCUUCGCCAAGGAAUGACCUGGUGCCGACGCGGUUUGGGAGGUCGCGGGAACGAGGUCGUUUGGCGGUUUCUGUUGGGUGACCUGCCCGGGGAGCACCCCGAGAAGCACCCCUUGCUGCAGAAAGCCCUUCGAGAAGCUGAGGCAUUUGGGGACCUCAUGUUGGUUGGCGGUGCUGACGAGAUCCAGUAUCGACACAUCGGCGAUGCCUACGUCUUGCCGGAGGCAAACCCGGAGCUGUGGAAGCUGCUCGUGGCUUUGCGACGGCUGCGGCAUGAGGUUAGCUACGACUACCUUUUGGUGGCCGACGACGACAACUUCAUUUCUCUCACCACUGCGGUAGAGCUGCUGGAGAUGCUUCCGCCCACGAAGGUCUAUGUCGGAAACAUGAUUGACACCGUUCCACAGCGCUUUGACAUGCAAAAGCGUCGUAUCGUUCAAGAGACGAGCGUGAACUUGUACAUGGGGUCUCCUUCGAAGCUCCCUAUUUUUGCGCAUGGCUUGGGCUUCAUAGUGUCGCAGGAUUUGGCAAAGCUGCUCGCCGACCGUGGCUUGUCAUUCAAGCUACGAGGCAACGACGACAUGCUUGUCGGUCUUUGGCUUCGGAGCAUUGCAGAUGUCCGGUUCCUGCACUACCAUAUCUGGUUUCACGAUCAUCACGAAUUUGGAGGCCUCUUCUCACGGCCAUGUCAGCAGGAUGCUGUGAUUGUGCAUCGCAUGACGGAGGAACGCUGGAGAACCUUCGACAGAUAUGAAUGUCACGUUUGUGGCAGCGAGAAGCCCGUGGCAGAAGCCCUUGCUUUGCUGAAUCCGUUGGAGCCUUCUCCGGCGGAGCUCGUCGUUGACCUGGAGGAGCUGCCUGAGGUAACCGUUCAGGAGCUAGCAAGACUGGGGCGAACGCAGCAAGAACUCAGGAAGCAGAGAAGCAGAGAGAUCUAUCACUUUCCCCUCAAGUUAGCGAUCUUGAUCUUUGGCUCUCGCUGGCAAGAUUUUCGGUUGCGUGCGCAGUUGCGACGUGCCCUGAGCCUCAUGAAGUACAAUCUGGGAUCCAAGUCUUCAGAGUCUUCGGGAAAGGCCCUUCAGGCUGAUUUUCAGUGGCUCUUUGUCAUGACACGGCUUCUACCAGACACUCGUGUGCAUGCUGCAUAUCGGGAGAUUCUCGUGCACCGGGACAUGAUGCGCCUCGGGCCUUCACGGCUCCCUAGAUCAAGCCAGGCUGCACAGAAGGCCGGCAAAGUCCGCAAAGAGCACGAGAUCGGCUGCUACCGCUACGAGGAAGCGUGGCGCUUGGUUGAGGAGCGCUGGGGAGGAGCAGACUUCGUGCUCCUUCUGGACCACCGCUCCUAUAUCAAUGUCCCCCAGCUUCUGGCCCACAUGCCCCGCUGGCCUCGACAUCGGCUGAUGCAUGGCGUACUUCUUGAUGAGUCCGUAUUCGCGGGAGAGAGGCGGAUGUACUUGUGGCGACGACGUGCAGCGGUCUUCGCGCAUGGCAUGGGCAUUGUUGUUUCUGCCGAUGUGGCACGAUUUGUUGCGGAGCUUGCGCUCGAAGCAGAUGGCUUGUCACAGGUGGACGUCCCGGCUGAUGUGGCCUUCGGUCAGUGGGUGCAACUUCUCGAAGACAUGGAGUACUCCCCGGCUGAGGAUUUUUGGGAACUUCCGAUAAGCGCAUCGUCACUGGCACUAUCUGCAGACAUGACUCUUGCUUGGCCCAUGACGUUGGGACACUGGCGAUCCUACAACGCCACGGAUUCUGCGCGGGCGCCUGCUACCAAAGCAAGCUCUGUGACGCUGGACAUGGACUGUUGGAAAGGUAUGGGCGGACGAGCAGAAUCCUGGUACCUUGUGUGUUGUGACCUUGGCUGGUCUGGAUGCUGGGGUGGUGAGUUCACGGCGGAAAUGUGCUGCUCGCAAGUGCCUGGAAGAGCGGGUGCGCCGCCUUCAGCAGAGCCUGUGCUUCUGCAAAGGUUUCUUAAUUUUGAUGAUGACGAAUUUACAUUGUUCUUGCAAGCCCUGGAUCACAACCAUACACAAGAUCAAGUCGGGAGAGGGCGCUUCCGCUGUUUAACUCCGCAAGACUGUGGUAAAGAGGCUUUUGCAAGGUUUUACCAAGCAAGCUGGGAGACUGGGAUCCUUCCACUUCGUCAUCCAUGGUUUAUGGAUGUGGAAGAUCAUUUGUUUGGUGUUAUCUGGAAAAUGCGGGCAGAAAAUCGCGGCGGAAACCCUGCAGGCCAUGAGCACACCUUCGAGCGCAAGCAAAUGGCAAAGUUUCUGCAGCAUGUGUCUGAGACUGUGUCUGCGGAUGAGAUCUUCGUGGAACACGGGGCGAAGAAGCUGCGGCGAUGUUUGGAGUGGGAUUCUGGCGCACAGAGUCGUUUCUACUUCUCAAAACAUUGCGAUGUGGUUGACGUAAUUACUUAUUUCGGCGAUGGACAUGCUCAGCUUCGGGUCAACGCGGACAGUGAGAAACGCGAUUAUUUCUUGGACAUCCACAUAGCUGACCAGGUCGUGCCCGAGAAUUCUACUGGCUUGGUGAUCUGUUCACAGGUCUUUGAGCAUUUGCUCAAGCCGUGGCUUGCGAUGCGGCAGCUCUACCGACUGUUGGGCCCAGGUGGGCUGCUUGCAUGGUCCGCCCCACUCUUCAGCCAGAUCCACGGAUCUCCUCAGGACUUCUGGCGCUUCACCCCCGAGGGAGCCAGGACCUUGGCCGAGGAGGCCGGCUUUGAGAUCGUAGAGAUUUGGGCACCGGGCACUUUGCGAGAGCUCGCCGGCUACCUGUUAGGCCUCACAGCGCCUUACUGGACCGAGGAUGCAAUCAUGGGCGGUGCAUCCGAUUGGCCUUUGCAGGUCUACAUGCUUGCCCGUAAACCGGCAUAG